AUGGAUAAUGUGUUUGAUUGGAUUGUCAUAACUUCCCCAAAAGCUGGUUCAGUCUUUCUAGAGGCAUAGAGAGCUGCUGGGAUGCCUCAUGUCAAAAUAGGCGUUGUUGGCACCGGCACUGCAAGCAUUUUCAAGGAAGCUAUGCAAUCUUCGAAGGAAUUGCUUGAUGUUGCCUUCGCACCAUCAAAAGCAACAGGAAAGGUUUCGGCUACAAAACUUCCAAAGAUUGGAAAUAAAACAACUGUUCUAUACCCUGCUUCUGAAAAGGCCAGCAAUGAGAUUGAGGAAGGACUUUCCAAGCGUGGAUUUGAGGUUAUUAGGAUGAAUACAUACACAAUGGUGCCAGUUCAAAAUGUAGACGAAAUGGUUCUUAAGCAGGCACUUGCUUCCCCUGUUGUCACUGUAGCUUCACCAUCUGCUAUUCGGAAAUGA